AUGGAUCACCGUGUAAGCUUCCUCCGGCCUAGCGGCCAAUGGGGAAACGGUCCUGCGUUCAGUCAAAAUGCCGGGUUUCUUCCAAACAAUACCACAUACGGCUCAGGACCGAAGAACAAUCGGAAUAAGAAAAAGAACAAUUACAAAAAGAAGAAUGCGCGCAAUGGCAACUUCUCUGGCUCCAAGCAAGGCGACAAUCUGCACUAUGACCCCAGUGUGCCAAAGGGUCCUCGGCGGUAUCAAAAUCAAAACCACCGCCAAAGUCAGAAUUCCUAUCCCCAAUCUACUCCGCAUCAGCCUCGUUGGAAUCAACAAACUUCCAAUCAAGGCCAGGGGUACAAGGGAAACAACUACUGCAACCAAAAGCAUGGUGGACAUGUGCAACAUCCGUCAAAAUAUCAGGAGCAGCCACUCUCCUUUCAAGUUCACGGCCACCCCAAGCACCCCCAGGCGCCAUAUCAGCAUCAGCGCCCUAGUCCGUUCACUGCUCUGAAUGACUCUUUCGAUGCGAUCAUUUCCGAGGCCGCUCCUCCUUUCUCCCAAGGGCCUUUCAACCACUUUGGAAAAGCCCAGGAUGGCGACAUCGAAAUGCCAGAUGCACCUCCUCUUGACCAGUACAUCUACGAUUAUCAAUCGGUCAGCGGUUUUCCGUCAUCAGCUAUCCAGACACGGGGAUAUGCUAAAUUUGAUUUAAAGGUUUUAGAGCGAAUUCUCAACCAAGCAUUGCAAUCUCAAGAAAUCAAUGUCAACACACUGAUUUGCCAAGUCUCCAAUGAAAUUUGCGAGCUCAAGCGACACAACAAAGAGCUCAGUGAUACCGUGAUCAACAUAUUUCUGAGAUCAUGGGGCGUUCCGCCUCAGGGUUGA